ACCCAUUAAAAGCACCAAAAUGAGUUGAAGGGGCAGCGGAGCAGCGAGGAAAUGAACUUAAAACGCAUGUUUCAGCAAACCUAGACGAGCGAUGGAGGGGACAGCCUCGGAGAAGAAGAUGAAGGAGGAGGCGAUCAUCACAGAGAGUGCAACUGUUGUUGAAGAGUUUUCUGAUUAUAAUCCAUGCUACUAUGCUCAAGAAGCCCUCAAGGCUUUACUGAAGUGCUUAGGUUUUGAUGGGUCUCCAAGACCAGACCAGCCGGCUUCAUCAAGCUCUGAAGAUGGGGAGAACCAGCAGGUCCAGGUGAAACCAGGUUGCCAAGAAACUCAUGAUUCCGGCCCCGGAGAAGCCGCAGAUCCUCCGUCGUCCACCGACCCACCUGCAGAUCCUCCGGCAACUUCAGUAGAGGCAUCAGAUGCUACAAGUCGACGUUUGGGGAGGAAACCUCCGCCGCCUCCGGUUGACACUGGACCUGGCCCUGUCACCCAUUAAUGCGACUGUCACUUGACAUUGUCACAUAUGAUGAGGGUAUUUAAUAGUUUUGCGCUCAUAUAUAGUAGGAUCUCUCUCUCUCUCUCUCUCUCUCUCUCUCUCUUUCUCUCUCUCUAUCUAUGUGUAUAUUAUCGUUGAACAGAGUUUAAUUAGUGAUCUUAAGUGUUGUACGUCUGUGUAACUAACCCCCUUUUUUAUUCCCUUAAUUUUGUAUUUCAUUUGUGUGUGAGAGAGGGCUAUGUUAAUGCGUGCAAUAAAUAGAUGGUUCUGAAUUUGAAGUUUAAAGCUUCAUUAAUUAUGAGCUUAAUUAGGGAUAAAAA